GUAGAGGCACCGUGGUCGCUGUGGGGGGAGGACUAGAAGAGGGCAAGAAAGGCCGAGAUGUUCUCUCCGAGUUCUCCCAGGCGGUGUGAGGCCCUCAGCAUGAUGCCCAGGGGGCUGUUGGCCGCCUUGCUGCUGCUACUACUGCCCGCGCCAGCCCAGCCAGCUCCUCUGGACCGGCCUGAGCCCAAGAAGGACGCGGUGCCGCCUUCUCCUCCCGAGACUCCGGACACGGGGCUCUACUCCCCCUCCUCAAAAAGUGAUCCAGGUCCGGAACCCGGGCAUUUCGGGAAAGCUGCAGGCUCGCCCGAGGACAUCAAGGUGGGGGCCGGUGCCCGGGGGCGGGGCUCUCUCCUGCUGUGCUGUCCCCAGCCGGCUUUGCCCGGCUCCCUGGGUGACCCUGCCUCUGGUUCUCCCCGCCUCAGGGGGUUGCCAGGCCUUCUCAAGCAGUUUGAACACCUGGACCCUCAGAACCAGCACACGUUUGAAGGGACCUGGGCUGCUGGGUCGGCGUCGGGUCCCCAGGCCACCCGGGACCUGGCGCAGUACGACGCGGCCCACCACGAGGAGUUCAAGCGCUACGAGAUGCUGAAGGAGCACGAGCGGCGCCGUUACCUGGACUCCCUGGGGGAAGAGCAGAGGCUGGCGGAGGAGCGGAGGCUGGAGGAGCAGAAGCAGAGACACCGGCAGCAUCCUCGCCUCAAUGUGCCGGGCAGCCAGGCGCAGCUGAAGGAGGUGUGGGAAGAGACGGACGGGCUGGAUCCCACCGAGUUCAAUCCUAAGACCUUCUUCAGGCUACAUGACACAAACAGCGACGGGCCCCUGGAACAGGAGCUGGAGGCCUUUUACUCCCUGCAGCUGGAGAAGGUGUACGACCCCAAGAACGAGGACGAUGACAUGAGGGAGAUGGAGGAGGAAAGGCUGAGGAUGCGGGAGCACGUCAUGAAGACGGUGAGUCCAGGGCCCGAGUGCCCCCCCGCCAUGGGGGAGCCGACCGCCCAGACCCCGAGGAGUUCCUCCCCCCACGAGGAAGGAGUUCGAAGAGGCCGCCCCAAAGGGCUGGGAGUCCCCGCCAUCCCCGGGCCUGCCGGCCCCGUCUGUGGGCCCAUCCCCCACUACCAGGCAGGCUUGGGGGGAGGGCCGCCCUUGCCUGGGACUCCCCUCGAGGAGCACCCGGACAUAGGGAGGAACCCGCGCCGGGCUUUGAGGGGAGCUGGGGCACGGGAGGCCGAAAGUGGGGCUAGGCCCAGCGAGACAGGAGCCCAGGCAGAGCCAGCUGUGGAGAAAGAGGCGCCAGCCCCGGGCCCAGCUUCCCCUGUUCCCGAUUCCCAGCACUAGGGAUCCAUCCCAAGGUCACCAAUAAAGACUUUCUGGGCCCUCCAACCACA